ACAUUUUGAUGCAAAUAAGUCCUCAUUGGAUUUGUGCCGGGGUAAAACAGGUAUGAUUGUGUAUGCUUGCAACGCUAUGGACAAAAACCAAAUGCGUCGAGCAAGGCCAGCCGGAUCCUCGUGUUCUUCAGAGCCUCUAAAAUACACGUACCCAAAGCGAAACGCGGAAGCAAUACCUAAUCCAAGCCCUCCCAGCUCAUCAGAGCUUACUUUGGUGUUCAGCAUUUGAGGGUCCGUCGGGGUGAUAUUCAUUCGGAGUCUUGCAUUUGAGCAUCAGCGUUUCAGUCUGCUUCAGUGGGAUAUUAUUCAUCUACAAUCCUGGCAAUGCCGACCGCGUUCCAAUCGUCGAGAUCCACAACCACCACAACUUAUACCAGUCAAGGUGCUGGUUCCUAUUCUGCUGUGCGGACGUCUAACAUUGGAACAUCCUCGGCCAGACCGGGUUGUUGUGGCAAAAUGGGUUUCACCUUUAACACGUGGAUCCUUAAAACGCCAACUGGGUUGCUAAAAAUACUUGAGAUCGUUUUUAUCAUUUUGUGCUUGAUCUUCUGCCGUUUUGGUGACGAAGGAUAUCCUUUCAAAAUCGGAGCUGAGGGUGCCCAUUUCUUGGCUGUGGGCACUUAUGUAGGCUAUGCGAUCAUUGUUCCGGCCAUACUUGUUACCUAUCUUCUGGGAGCGAAUCUCACUAUUUUGGAGUUAUUCAUUAACUUGUUGGGUGCCAUCUUGUUCAUAACCAUUGGAGCUUUGUCCUUGGUAAAUCAUCGAUAUGACCGAGGAAGUCGUUAUACCAUGGGAUUGGUUUUAGGCAUUCUGAGCAUUGCUGCCGGUGUCGUGUUCUUCAUCGAUUUCUUGUUUGCCAUCAAGAAUACCAGAGUGACUGUCAUCCAGACAACACGCACUGUUGGAUAAGUUUAAUCAAUCUUUAAGUAUUUAUCUAAGCUCACGAGCAUAUUCAUACAAUCAAAAAACAUGCAACCUUCAUUUAAUACUCGCGCUAAAUGAUAAGUAAGACGAAUUAUACUUUAUGCUCCGACAUGUCAAUAAAAAUUGUAUUUAUCUCA